AAGCGCGCGAAAUUGGGUAUGCAAAUAUUCCUCUUGUUUUUGUAGACAUUUGCAUGAAAUGUACAUGCAGUCACCCAACCAGAACGGCGUGUCACAAGUUGUCACUGAGGCAGAUUCGUUUACGAUGCGCUACACACACAGUCAGUAUGAAACCUCGUCGAAUGAGUGCGAAAGUUCUGGCAUUCACCAAGCUAAUCGUGCGUGAGUAGGCCUUCACAGAAGGACAGUGCGAAAGCUGAUAACCAAGACAUGGAUGGUGCCGCCUCGGUUGGAAACAGCGAAACGGCAGAUCUUGAGUGCAGUGAAAAUUCUGCGAUUUCACCAGGAAGAAAUCUGUUGAGUUCAAUCAAAACUUUCCUAUGGUCACCGUCGAAAGACAGCGAGAAAGAUCGCAUUGCGAAGCGUAAACGAUCCGACUCGGACAGCGAAGACGAGGAAGAUGCGAUAAUAACAUCAAACCUUCUCAAGAAACGAAAGUUUACAACUGAGACAACGGUCGUUAAUUCUGUUGCUACGAAGUCUACUGUCGAUGGGGAGUCCUCUAAGCGAAAAUCACUCUUAGGAACUUUGUUUUCGCCUGUCUUUACGCUAUUCGGAAAGAACGGUCACUUUCAAAAUGUAGGAAAGGAAGGCGAAAUAGUUGCGACUAAUUUGACAAGUGGAUCCAGGAUUUGUGGCGCGACUAAUGGCGGUAUAACUGAAGAAAGGGCAUUGUGGCAACAAGGUUCAUCGACCAUAAAUAGAAAAGCUUUGGCCGUGCCUAAUGGCGACGUCAAUGGAAACGUUGGCGAUGAGACUUCCGAAUCUCCGGACAACGAAUGGGAAGUUUAUGAUCCGUUUUACUUUAUUCGUAAUCUUCCCCCACCAGAAGAAGGUGAAGAUGCCACAAGCCGUGGUCCUGUGUUACCCUUGCAGACCAGGAGCACUCCAGAAUUUUGUCUUGUACUUGAUCUGGACGAGACACUUGUUCACUGCAGUCUUAAUAAGCUGGAGGAUGCCAAUUUGUCUUUCCCUGUCCUUUAUCAAGACAUUUGUUAUCAAGUGUUUGUACGCACAAGACCGCAUUUAAAGCGGUUUCUCGAGCGAGUCGCGAGUAUGUUUGAAGUUAUCCUGUUCACCGCCUCGAAGAAAGUUUAUGCAGAUAAGCUGUUGAAUAUCUUGGAUCCUGGUCGAAAAUAUUUCCGACACCGCCUUUUCCGCGAACACUGUGUUUGCGUUCAAGGGAACUAUAUUAAAGAUUUGAACAUACUCGGCAGGGACUUAGCGAAGACAAUGAUUGUAGACAAUUCACCUCAAGCAUUCGCUUACCAGAUUUUCAAUGGAAUUCCAAUCGAAAGUUGGUUUGUUGAUAAGUCGGACAGGGAAUUGCUCGAACUUCUCCCAUUCUUGGAAAUGAUCGCUGCAAGAAAGGAUGAUGUUCGACCACACAUUAGGGACAGAUUUAGGAUGCACGAAAUAGCUGGUUUUAGGUAAUGUAAGCAGUACUCAACAAGGAUUUAACUACAGGUGAAUCUAUUUCAACCCAGACAAAGUUUUGUCGGCUAAGAUUUUAAUCGGUAUGAUAUUUGAAAUCUGUUUAGUCCAGUCGAGAAUUAUUUUUACCGGAUUUAUCUUUAUAUACAGGUAUCAGAAAGUUUUAUUCGUGACUGUAAUUGCGAAGGUAUCGCGAAAUAUUGCUCGUUGGUACUGUCAUAUAUACAUUACAGACCGCUAUAAUCUCCUUUAUAUGGCAGAUGAAUAUCGGAAUCAUCACACAUUUAAAGUGUUUUAUAUAUUUCAAGUAUAGUUCCGACAUGAUUCAUCAAUUUAUAUUUUAGAACAAAUGUAAUCUUUCUCUCGUGUCAAAAUAUUUUAACGUUGUAGACAGGACGUGGCUAAUACAAAUUUUGUUUUCAUUCAUGCAAUUGACCGUACAGUUUUUGAAGACAAAUUUCAAAAAUGUAAAGAUUUCUAUUCCACCAACAUUGUACGCAUGUAAGUUUUGUUCUUUGUAUAUAUGAGCGUCGAAUAGAUAGCCAGCACUCAGUAAGUUUUAUUUUUACACUUUUUAACUCUUCAUAUUCCCAUGUUUUACCAUCACAUUUUACAAUGUACAGCACUUUCCAGAAAUUUGUGUAAAAUAAUAAUUAUUUGAUGUACACAAAGUAUAUUAAUGCAGACGGAGGAUUUGGUUUUCCGUAGAUAUAAUUACCUGCUCCACACGUAUUUACGGUUGAUAUCAAACGCCUAUCACAGAGCUUAAAAUAUUUUUCACCAAUUUUUAGCCGGUAAAAUAUACCUGAUAAUUAGAUACGAUGGAUGUGUUCUCAUCUUUUUAAAUUUAUAAUUAUGGGAAAGGAAUACUCUGUGCAUGUUUUUGUUAAAUUUAUUAUGGUGUAUUUAGAGAGACAGCUUUGUGUUUGAUUUUACUUUGUCCUUAAUGGAGAAGUCAGUACUAUUUGUCGAAUUACACUUUAUGUCUUCAUAUGGGAGCGGUAUGGAAAAAAAAAUAAAAAAGUUUACUUCAUGA